AUGCAGGAAAAUAUGAACACAUCUGACAAAACAGUAGAAAUCGACCAAGAGACAAAAAUGGCUUUUGAAGAAAUAAAAAAAGAGCACGGGGCAGUCCACAGAGAAAAUGAACAAGUAAAUCUGGACGAGACUCUUGUAAAUACAAGCGAAGGAGAGACACACUCGUUCGACGCACAGAUGGACAACUUGCUGAGCAUUCUGAUCAACUCAGUGUACUCCAGCAAAGACUACUUCCUCAGAGAGCUGAUCUCCAACGCAUCCGAUGCAAACGACAAGAGAAAGAGAGUGACAUACGAAACACACGAGAACAUUGAGGAGGAGCUCUCUAUCAAGAUAAUCCCCAACAAAGAGAACAAAACCAUCACCAUUGUUGACACGGGAAUAGGAAUGAGCAAGGCUGACAUGAUAAACUAUCUCGGAAGCAUUGCAUCCAGCGGAACAAAAGAGUUCAGAAAGAAAAUACAGGAGGGAGGAAGCAAAGGACAGUCUCUGGACGCGCUUAUUGGACAGUUUGGGCUUGGGUUCUACUCAGCCUUCCUAGUUGCCGACCAGGUGGAUGUCAUCUCAAGAAAAGGAAACGACUCACCGUACAUCUGGAGCAGCAGAGGGCCAGGAGGCUUCGUAGUGGCGCCAUACAACGGCAGUCACCCACAGGGAACAUCAGUUGUGCUGCACAUUGCAGAGCAGUGCAAGACAUACCUCGAAGAGAAAACCCUCGAGAACAUCGUCAAAGUUCACUCAGCAUUCAUAGCAUACCCCAUCUACUUAUUCGUACUGGCAGAGAAAAAGAGGCCGGUAGCAAAGAAAGAAGAGGAGAAAGAUGAAGACGCAGUGGAAGAUGCACCAGCCGCAGAGGAGGAGCAGGAAACAUACUUUGAAGAAGAGUACAAGAAACUGAACACACAGAUGCCUCUGUGGGCCAGAGACCCCAAGGAAGAGACGAUCACCGAGCAGGAGUACGAAGACUUCUACAAGGCCCUGACAAACGACUGGGAGAAACACUUUGCAGUGAGCCACUCAAGGAUUGAAAGCGACUUCAACCUGCAGAUACUUCUAUUCCUGCAGAACAGACAGCCAUUCAACAUGUUCGAGAAAGGAAAGAAAACACCGUGCAACAUCAAGCUGUACGUGCAGAAUGUCCUUGUAGGAAACGACCUGUCAGAGGCUGUCCCAGAGUGGAUGACAUUCAUCCACGGAAUCAUCUCAUCAAACGACAUCCCCAUCAACGUAUCGAGAGAGAUCGUGCAGGGCAAGUCUGUUAUGAACCUGAUCAAGAGAGUGGUCACCAAGAAGGUGCUUGAGAUGCUCAAGGACCUCGAAAGCGACAAAGAGAACUACCUUAAGUUCUACAACAACUGCAGCGCGUCUUUGAAGGUGGGAGCAUACCAGGAGUCCUCAGAUGUCUCUGGCAAGCUCGCUAAGCUGCUCCGGUACAAGACAACAAAGAGCGACACACCUGUGUCAUUCGAUGAGUACGUCAGCAGAAUGGCAGAGGGACAGAAACAGAUCUAUGUCGUCACAGGAACAAGCGAGGAAGAAGUCAAGUCCAACCCUGCGCUCGUUAAAAUGGGCAAGUACGAAGUUAUCUACAUGUCAGACCCAAUUGACGAGUUCCUCAUCCAGACUCUGAACAAGUACAACGACAAGCCGUUCCAGAGAAUCACAGCUGAAGGAGUUGAGCUCCCUGAAGAAGCCGCGGACCUGUCUGCAUACGAAGAGGAGUACAAGGGAGUGAUGGAAGAGAUGAAGAAGGUGAUUGGCGACUCUGUGGAAAAGGUCAUCAUCUCCACUAAACUCGACUCGCUGCCGUGCUACGUCUCGAGCGCCAAAUACAGCUACUCUGCAGCCAUGGAGCAGAUCAUGAGAUCGCAGCCAGGAAGCGGCAACAACGCAAUGUUUGCGUCAGGAUACCUCACCAAGAAGAUACUGGAGGUGAACCCAGCACACCCCAUCAUGGGCGGUCUGAAGAGACUCCUGGAGGCAGACAAGAGGGAGGAGUUUAACAAGACAGUCAAUCUGAUGUUCGAGUCUUCUAUGCUUGCCUGCGGAUACACCGUCACAAACAUGGCAGACUUCAGCAAAAAGAUAUUUGGAUACGUGGAAAUGGGAAUGGCAGACUCCGCAAAGGACCAGUAA